CCCGCUGCUCCGGUAACCAUGGCGAUCAGCCCGGCUCAGGUCUUCGCGACGCUGCUGUCAGAUACAGAGAAUGGCAAACGCUGCUGGCCUGAGCGCCGCGGCUCCAAGUCGCCCGCGCCUUCCCCUUCGGCCGAACGGGAGGUGCAGGUCAGCGCCACAGCCGAGGUGUCGGCCCUUCCAAACCGGGCCCGAAUCUGCGUGCUGGUGGCCAGCCGGAAGGAGGCGGCAGCGGCGGCCAAGAGCAGCGUCAGUCGGCGGCUCGAAUACAUCUUGCAGAGCGUCCGGGCACACGGUGUGAGGGAGGAUGGUAUUACAGUGACUAAGGAUUUUCGGCGAAUUGAAAAUGCCUAUGAGAUGGAAGCAGAGAUAUCUGUUAUAUUCGAUGACUUUAGCAAGAUGGAGAAUUGCUGUAAUUUAUUGGUGGAGAAACUAGACAGUUCUGUUGUUGUUGGUUCACCUCAGUUUUAUCACACAACUGAAGCUGUGGAAAGUAUCAGACGGCAGGCGUGUCUUCGAGCAGUUGCUAAUUCUCGACGUAAAGCUUUUGAAGUAUGCCGACUACUUGGUCAGACACUCGGCAGACCUUUGAUUGUUCGAGAAGAAGAAAUUAAAGAAACUGAAGGGUUAACCUCUGAAGCACAAGCAGUGGACAAUACAAGGCCAUUGACUCUACAGCAGCAAAUUAGCAAUGCAUCUGUUACUGUUUGUUCUAAAGUCUUUGUGACUUUUGAACUUAAAUCAAAAGAUAAUCUCAAAAGAAAUAAUUGAGUAAGACCCUUUUGAAUUUAUAAAUUAAAGCUUUUGAAUCAGGAAACUGGCUGAUUUUUCAGAAAAGGGGCGAGAAUGUUUCAAACCUGUACUAAUGCAGAAUUUGUAAGCAAGCUGGAGAUGCAAAUGCUGUAUUAGCUAAUUCUUGAUGGUGUUCAUUUUUAAUGUUCUUUAGUGUGAUUACAAUGGAUCCAUCAGUCUUGUGCAUAACAGAAUCUGUUAUUUCUACUUAUUCAGCUCAUCACCAGUAACCAAAACUCCAUGGAACAUCUGUCAGCUUAUUGGCAAAAGAUGCCGAGGAACAAAAAGUUAUUGACGACAGGCUUUUUUCAUAGAUGCAGCUACGAGGCAUGUA